AUGGUCUCCGGUACGCGAAUCGAAGGUGGGGCACAAACUCUGUCUGCUGAGAUACGGAAAACCAUUCAAUCAAUCAAAGAAAUUGUAGGAAAUCACUCUGAUGCUGAUAUAUAUGUGACUCUUAAAGAGAGCAAUAUGGAUCCCAACGAAACUGCUCAAAAAUUGCUAAAUCAAGAUCCAUUUCAUGAAGUGAAGAGAAAAAAAGACAAAAAGAAAGAGAAUACAAUGUACAAGGGCUCUAAUGCUGCAGAGCCAAGAAAAUAUAUUGACCAUUUUGUUCAGCGGAUGAAAUCUAGCACAUAUUCUGAUCGUAAUGUACGAAGUGGAGGCUAUAGUCGCAAUGGUUUACCUGGUAAUGUGAUUUCAUGA